GUAACUCUGUGUUGUUGUAUGUGUCGAAUUGCUAUGCUUUAUCAUGGCCAGGUCACAGUUGUAAAUGAGAACUUGUUCUCAAAUGGCCUAACUGGGUAAAUAAAGGUGAAAUAAAUAUAAAUCAAUAAAAGACAUCCAGUCUGUAUUGUAGUUUCAUAACCAGAGACAAAACUUCAGAGGCACAGUAUUUAUUUAUUCAGAGUGGUACAUGCAUUCACGCAGUCUUGAACUAUAGGAUACUUCCCACUAUAUGAUAUGAUAUGUCAAGUGAUACCGAUAAUGUCAAGUGAUACCGAUGAUGUCAAGUGAUACCGAUAAUGUCAAGUGAUACCGAUAAUGUCUAGUGAUACCGAUAAUGUCAAGUGAUACCGAUAAUGUCAAGUGAUACUGCCUCUGUGAAGACCGUCCCUACUGGCACCAGGAUCCCCGGUCAGUUCAACAUCACGGGAAGAGACACUUGCUUCUUUGUUGUCGUGGACCACCAAAGCCUCCAUCACCAUCCUCGUCCAGCGUGACGACCUCUGGCGGAGUCAUAAUGCCGGACCAGAGUUAUUCAACGACCACGUGCUCCCAAAGUUGGCAACAGUCAACAUCUGCACACAUCUUGUAAAUAGUUUAUUCCACACGCACACACACACACACACACACACACACACACACACACACACACACACACACACACACACACACACACACACACACACACACACACACACACACACACACACACACACACACACACACACACACACACACACACACACACACACACACACACACACACACACUAGGCUCCCAGAAUAGGUUAUAUUACACACAAGUUUUGCUCAAAGCAGCCACCUAAAGUAGUGUAGUUAACUUUAUCACGGGCGCAUUGGGAAUGUAUAUCUGUGAUGUUCAAAUGAUGUCUUACUUGCUGAAGGCCCCGGUCAUUCCUGCCUAUACCUAAGUUCAAUCACAAAAGCUGGUCUGAGUGCCUCUCCUCACAGUUCAAUUCAGUAGUACAAUACAAGUCACAUUGUAUUUUAGCAUGGGCACAGCUGGAAUUUAUAUAGGUGAUGUUUAAAUGAUUCCUAACGCGUCCUUUUCUUUCCCAAUAGAAAAUGGCAGCUGCCUGAGCAUUUCCAGUAUUUACUUUUUCCGUUCAGCUCAUUUUGCUGUUAUACCAGGUCAUUUACAAAUGUAACAGCACAGCAUCAUGCCACUUGUACUCAAACUAUUAAUUAGCCGGGUGAAUUUGAAGAUAUAUCUGCACAGUAUGUUUUGUAAGCUAACUAGCCAGCCAGUUCAAGAUAAAGCAAAGCAACAUCUAAGCAAAAGGCAACCUGCUAUCCCCGGCACCUGUCGUCAUCCCCGGCGCCUGUCGUCAUCCCCGGCGCCUGUCGUCAUCCCCGGCGCCUGUCGUCAUCCCCGGGACCUGUCGUCAUCCCCGGCGCCUGUCGUCAUCCCCGGCGCCUGUCGUCAUCCCCGGCGCCUGUCGUCAUCCCCGGCGCCUGUCGUCAUCCCCGGCGCCUGUCGUCAUCCCCGGCGCCUGUCGUCAUCCCCGGCACCUGUCGUCAUCCCUGGUGCCUGGAAGUUCAACGUUACCAUUGAGCUCUAAAUAAGAGGAGGAAACCAUUCCAAAGGAAACGGAAGAAAGUCCAUUGAUGAGCUGCUAGACUACGUUGUUCAGACACUUCAAGACACUUUUCAGCCAGUUUACAUGCCAACUACCAUAGCAGUUGUUAUUAUGGAAGGGACCCACAGCGCCUUGCGUCUGUACCAAACCAUCAGGGAGAGGAGCUCUGUGAGGCCGUUCAUCCUCACCCCCACCCCUAUCCAAAGGGGCCCCGGCUCCUCCCUCCACAAGACCGCCUCUCUUAGGGCUCAACCAAUCAUUUCCCACCAUCCAACGGAGGAGGGGCCAGUUGAGACAGUGCAGUGGGAUCAGUCAGGAGAACUUGGGUUUAAAAAGCAGAAACAGAGUUUUGAGGAGGACAGCAAGGCGGAUGUUUUAGGAUCAUCAUCAGACUCUGAGCUCCACUGGUUGGCUGACCUCCACCUGCUACCUCUCUGUUCGGAGUGUAAGGCCAGGGUUGGGAUGGGGAACCAGGGAGGUAAGCUCAAGCACCUGGGCUCAGAGGAGAGCCUCGAUGGUUGCUCACCUAGAUUACCACCAGACCCCCAGGCGACCAGGAGAAGGAGGACUGGGGGGAUGAACGGCACCAGUAGCCUACAGCACACCCUCACCCGGUCCCCUGGGACCCCACGGACAGCAGGGAGCUCCAAGAGAAUGAGGCUGAAGAGUUUGUGGAAGAUGAGUGCUCACCCAGCCGAGGAGACGCUUCAGUGGGGUGCAGUGGAAUCGAGUCCAGCUUAUCCUUCUGAUGGUGUCUCCAACUCUAAUUUCACAGAGAGGAGGAAUACAGUCAUGAGAGGAGGAGAAAAGGAGAAAACGGACACCAUCCAGGGAGGCAGAGAGAGGGAGAAAUGUUCUAAGAGUCCAACUAUGACACAGGAAGCAAAGAGGCCAUGCACCGUACCCUCCAGCGCUGUUCUGGACUCCCUCAGGGGGGUUCUACUCUCUGAGAACCACUCUUGUUCUCUGAACAAAGUUCUCCCAUUUGAGUACCACUACAGUUCUCGCACGGCCCGAGAAGUUGUAACUCUGAAAGAAGAGUCUGUUCACAUUGACUCAGAUACGGAGCUCUCAGAGUACGACAACGAAUUCUGUAACACCUCUCCCUUCCCAUCUAAACCUCAAGAGAUAGAGGAUGCCCAGGACAGCACCAGGCAGUCUCCAGAGGGGGGGUCCAACCAGGCCCUGAGCCCCAGGAAGGAGGGAGGCAGAGCAGAGAAGGGGUGGAGGAUGGAGAUGAAGAGGAGGGAAGCAGCCUGGAGGGUGAUGGAGAAGAUUGAGGAGGUGGAGGAGAUCAUACGGAGGGUCAGUCUAAUCAGCGCUGACUGGAUCAAAGAAGGGAGAGAGGGGAGUGUUCUUGAUCUAUUUACCUCUACGCCAGAUGUGUCUGAAGAGGAGUCAGUGUCCGAGACCAAACCUGAAUCCUCUUUCCAGCUCCAGCCAGAGCUCCAGAAUUGGGGGACUACUCUGGAAGAUUCUCUCCCAGCUGAGGAGAUUCAUGCCCUGGGUGAGGCGUUGAGCCAGAGCCUGCGGAGAGCACUGAGGAUGGAGGGUCUUGGGGAAGACGAAGACUGGGAGGCAGUGAGGUGUAGAGAAGAGUGCAGAGAAACAACCUGGAACUUCAACUUAGAGCAAACCUCUCCAGAAUUGUCAUGGGAUCCCAUCGACCUCUCCAACGGCAACACCAUGACCGUUGACCCUAUGAGAGAAUGGAAGCGUCCCUCCUCGCCCUCUCUCUUGGACACCUCGUCCCCAAGGACCUCCAGUAGCUUUAACAGCAUGUCCCCUAUGAUGUCCCCCAUCCUGUCUCCUCUGUCCUCCCUAUUGUCCAGCCCCCGGCUCAGUCACCAUCCCCUGCCUCGGUCCCUCUCCCAGCCUGAUGAGGAGAUGAGCGAGGGAAGAAGAAUGAGAGAUGAGGAAGGUCAGAGAGGGACGAAGAACUCGGCACCAGGCCAUCUUGUCCUGCAGGGUGGGAGUUGUAAUAGAGGUGACAACUUUGACGUUAAGGUCAACAGAGGACAGGUAGGGGACAAAAAGGGGACCAGGAAGCAAGUAGCAUGGCUGGAUCUGAGGCUGAAUGAGCAGAACCAGAAUGACGGUCAGAGAAAAGGAGAGCCUGGUAUUUCCAGUUUGUCCACUGUGCUGUCUUCAGACGAGUCACUGAGGAGACAGGAGGAGAUCUGGCAGAGAGAUGAGUCACUGAGGAGACAGGAGGAGAUCUGGCAGAGAGAUGAGUCACUGAGGAGACAGGAGGAGAUCUGGCAGAGAGAUGAGUCACUGAGGAGACAGGAGGAGAUCUGGCAGAGAGAUGAGUCACUGAGGAGACAGGAGGAGAUCUGGAGGAGAUCUGGCAGAGAGAUGAGUCACUGA